AGCUGCUGCAGUAGAUACGUCAGUCGGGGAAAGGGGGAGCCCCCGGCGUAUUCCCCUGCCUUGCCCACCUGCCCCGGAAGUAGCGUUGCCUUGGAGCCUUGCCUUCCGGGGCAGAUUGUCUGUUGUAGCCGCAGCUGUGAGAAGGGGAGGCCAUUUUCUGUUUCUAGGAAGAGUGAGAGCUACGGGGAGAGGGGAAAGGAAAAGGGAAGAAGGGCUCAGCACCUCCCCGGCGAGCCGUGGACAGAGGGGCACUUUCGGCAGGCGGGUGAGGUCGCUGAGGGCCCGGAGAUGUUUUCCCUGUCGAGUACGGUGCAGCCCCAGGUUACAGUUCCUCUGAGUCACCUCAUCAAUGCCUUCCAUUCACCAAAAAACACAUCUAUUUCUGUCAGUGUGUCAGCUUUGCAAAACCACCAUCGAGAUGUAGUUCCUGACCAUGAGGCUGCUGGCAAUGAGCCUGUACUUAAUUUAAGAGCCCUUGGAUUAUCCGAAUUAAAAAUUGGACAGAUUGAUCAACUGGUAGACAGUUUACUUCCUGGAUUUUGUAAAGGCAAGAGCAUUUCUUCCCAUUGGCAUACAUCUCAUGUCUCCGCACAGUCCUUCUUUGAAAAUUAAUAUGGUUACUUAGAUAUGUUUCGUACUUUACGUUCCUCUUGCUUGUACAGACAACAUUCAAGAACUCUUAAAAGUAUUUGUUCAGAUCUUCAGUGCUGGCCAGUUUUCAUAUAGUCUCGGGGUUUUAAAACUUUGAAAUCAAGAACUUGACGUUUAUAGUCCACCUCUGAAAGAUUGACAGAGACACAGCAUAUAACACCAUCAUUUGUAAAGGGGUUCCUUUUGCGGGACAGAGGAUCAGAUGUUGAGAGUUUGGACAAACUCAUGAAAACCAAAAAUAUACCUGAAGCUCACCAAGAUGCAUUUAAAACUGGUUUUGCAGAGGGUUUUCUGAAAGCUCAAGCACUAACGCAAAAAACCAAUGAUUCUCUGAGACGAACUCGUCUGAUUCUCUUCGUUCUGCUGCUAUUUGGCAUUUAUGGACUCUUAAAAAACCCUUUUUUUUCUUCUUUAGUCCGCUUCCGGACAACGACGGGGCUUGAUUCUGCAGUAGAUCCUGUCCAGAUGAAAAAUGUCACCUUUGAACAUGUUAAAGGAGUGGAGGAAGCUAAACAAGAAUUACAGGAGGUUGUUGAAUUCCUGAAAAAUCCACAAAAAUUUACCAUGCUUGGAGGUAAACUUCCAAAAGGAAUACUUUUAGUUGGACCACCAGGGACAGGGAAGACACUUCUUGCUCGAGCUGUGGCUGGAGAAGCUGAUGUUCCUUUUUAUUAUGCUUCUGGAUCAGAAUUUGAUGAAAUGUUUGUGGGUGUGGGAGCCAGCCGUAUCAGAAAUCUAUUUAGGGAAGCAAAAGCAAAUGCUCCCUGUGUUAUAUUUAUUGAUGAAUUAGAUUCUGUUGGUGGGAAGCGAAUUGAGUCUCCAAUGCACCCAUAUUCAAGGCAGACUAUAAAUCAACUUCUUGCUGAAAUGGAUGGUUUUAAACCCAAUGAAGGAGUUAUCAUAAUAGGAGCCGCAAACUUCCCAGAGGCAUUAGAUAAUGCCUUAAUACGUCCUGAUCGUUUUGACAUGCAGGUUACAGUUCCAAGACCAGAUGUAAAAGGUCGAACAGAAAUUUUGAAAUGGUAUCUCAAUAAAAUAAAGUUUGAUCAGUCUGUUGAUCCAGAAAUUAUAGCUCGAGGUACUGUUGGCUUUUCUGGAGCAGAGUUGGAGAAUCUUGUGAACCAGGCUGCAUUAAAGGCAGCUGUUGAUGGAAAAGAAACGGUUACCAUGAAGGAACUAGAGUUUUCCAAAGAUAAAAUUCUAAUGGGGCCUGAACGUAGAAGUGUGGAAAUUGAUAACAAAAACAAAACCAUCACAGCAUAUCAUGAAUCUGGUCAUGCUAUUAUUGCAUAUUAUACUAAAGAUGCAAUGCCUAUCAACAAAGCUACAAUCAUGCCACGAGGGCCAACACUUGGACAUGUGUCCCUUUUGCCUGAGAAUGACAGAUGGAAUGAAACUAGAGCUCAGUUGCUUGCACAGAUGGACGUUAGUAUGGGAGGAAGAGUAGCUGAGGAGCUUAUAUUUGGAACUGACCAUAUCACAACAGGUGCUUCCAGUGAUUUUGAUAGAACUAAAAUAGCAAAGCGGAUGGUUACCAAAUUUGGAAUGAGUGAAAAGCUUGGAGUUAUGACCUACAGUGAUACUGGGAAACUGAGUCCAGAAACUCAAUCUGCUAUUGAACAAGAAAUUAGAAUCCUUCUAAGGAGGUCACCCGGAAUCAACAUGUCUGGGACUGAGGAAGCAGUUCUUGGAGGCUGUGGCAGCCAUCCUUCCUCUGCUGGUGGCAACUCUGUAUUAUGCUUUGGACAGUAUCAGUACACAGCAGAAGAGUACCAGGCCAUCCAGAAUGCUCUGAGGCAGAGGCUGGGCCCGGAAUACAUCAGUAGCCGCACGGCUGGAGGAGGCCAGAGGGUAUGUUACAUUGAAGGUCACAGGGUAAUUAAUCUGGCCAAUGAGAUGUUUGGUUACAAUGGCUGGGCACACUCUAUCACACAGCAGAAUGUGGAUUUUGUUGACCUUAACAAUGGCAAGUUCUACGUGGGAGUCUGUGCAUUUGUGAGAGUCCAGUUGAAGGAUGGCUCAUAUCAUGAAGAUGUGGGCUAUGGUGUCAGUGAGGGCCUCAAGUCAAAAGCCUUGUCUUUGGAGAAGGCCAGGAAGGAGGCUGUAACCGACGGGCUGAAGCGAGCGCUGAGGAGGCCAGAUGUCCCAAGUAAAGAACUUCAGUCGUGGAGGAGGAUGUGCCCUAAGUGUGUGUUGCCCACUAUUAUUGGGGAAUUGGAACCGUCCUUGGAAAAAGAAUUCUCUGCUUUGGAGUUGGUGCUAAUGGAGUUUUGUGGUUUCUUAGUCUUUUCGUCCUCCUUACCUCUUGUCUUUUUUUUUUUUUUUUUAAAGAUUUUAUUUAUUCAUUUAUUUGAGAGAGUGAGAGAGCACAUGAGAGGGGGGAAGGUCAGAGGGAGAAGCAGACUCCCUGCCGAGCAGGGAGCCCGAUGCGGGACUCGAUCCCGGGACUCCAGGAUCGUGACCUGAGCCGAAGGCAGUCGCUUAACCAACUGAGCCACCCAGGCACUCCUCCUUACCUCUUGUUGAGGGCAGAGAUUGGUGACUGUUACGCCCUGUGCUGUAUUCUGAAAGCCUCAUACAGAGGGCGUGAACAUGGCACGUGCCCAGGAAACGUUACUGCAUGUAUAUUAGGUUCCAUCUCCUCUGCCGCAGUUGAGAAGCACCUUGCCACAAAGGUAGCUGGUCUCUGAUAUUUACCCCUAAUCAUUCUCAACCUGUUUCUCACUCUUUUUUUUUUUUCCUUACCCUUAGAAGUUUCGGGAAUGCACUUGGAAAUUGUAUUCUGGACAAAGACUAUCUGAGGUCACUAAAUAAGCUUCCCCGCCAGGUAUGUUAGAAAUGGAUGGAUGGAAUGCAGCACAGUAAAGAUAGGACUAUUUUCCGGCUGGCAUGGGUUGAGUAUUCCGGGAGGGAGAGAGAAGGGGAGACUCAGCUCUUUCGAGGGUCUGGAAUGUGCAUUUCAGACUUGUUUGACCACCAGAGCCAGCAGGAACCAGUCACCUUAUUUUCCUGCUGGAGGAAUUGAAGCCUCGAGAAUCGGUGCCACUUGCUUUCUUCCGCCCGAGAGCUGUGUUCGGAACGGUCUGUGAAACCUGAAAAGGAGCACAGAGCCCCGGCAGCGCCCGGUGGUUCCUUAGCAACACUCAGCAAGAACCCACCUCUUCAGCCUUCUUGCUGCUCCUGCGCUCAAGGGGCCACGGCGUAGAUGCCCUUGGCUCUGCCCGAGCCUAUCACGCGAGCCGCGCCUUGGCCUUUGGAGACAGGGGUCCGGAAUGGCGCGGCCCUGGCCUCGCUCUUGGCGGGGCUGAGGGGGGGGCGGAGCGUGCCUGUGGCCGGCGGAGUGGCUGCCGACUCCGGGGCCGGGGCCGGGCCGGGGCGUUCUCGAAGAGCCCCGCAGUGCCGCCGCCCACAGCUGCCGCCUGGGGACACCUGACAGCCGGGAGUGGCACUGGGCAGCUGUCAAAACGCCACUUUCCCUUGUUAAAAUCCUUUUUAUACACUACUGGCCUCCGCUUAUAUUUUAAGAAUUUUUGCAUCUGUGUUUAUGAGGGAUAUUAGGGGGUUUUUUUUAUUAUUGUGGUAAAAAAAUAACAUAAAAUUGACCAUUUUAGCCAUUUUUAAGUGUAUAGUUCACUGAUGAAACAGAUCUCCAGAACUUUUAAUCUUGGGAUACUGCAACUUCACACCCAUAGGACAACCCCCCAUUUCCCCUUCUCACAGCCCCUGGUUACCAGCAUUCUACUUCCGGUUCCUGUGAAUUUGACCACUUUAGACGCCACAUGCAAGUGGAAUCAUACUGUUUGUUUUUCUGUGACUUAUUUCACUUGGCAUAAUGGCCUCAAGUUUCAUCUAUGUUGUAGCUUGUGUCAGAAGUACCCUCCUUUUUUUCGGCAUGCCUGGCUGGCUCAGUCGGUAGAGUGUGGGACCCUUGAUUUCAGGGUUUAAGUUCAAGCCGCAUGUUGGGUGUAGAGAUCACUUAAACAUAAAGUCCUUAAAAAAAAAAAAAAAAAGAAUUAUGUUCCUUUUUAAGGCUGAAUAAUCCACUGUAUGCAUACACCAGAUUUUCUUUAAUUUUUCCAUCAAUGGACAUCUGGUGGCUUUCAUCUCUUGACUUGAGAAUAGUGCUGUUAUGAACAUGGUUUUGCAAAUACCUCUUUAAGACCCUGCUUUCAGUUAUUUUAGAUAUAUCCAGAGGUGGGUUUGCUGGAUCAUAUGGUAGUGUUUUUGUUCUUUUUUUUACACAGAGCUUGAGCUCACCACCCUGAGGUCAAGACCUGAGCUCAGAUCAAGAGUUGGACACUUAACUGACUGAGCCACCCCCGUGUCCCCAUAUGGUAUUUUUUUUUAUUCUUAUGUUAAUCCCCAUACAUUACAUCAUUAGUUUUAGAUGAAGUGUUCCAUGAUUCAUUGUUUGCGCAUAACACCCAGUGCUCCAUGCAGAAUGUGCCCUCCUCAAUACCCACCACCAGGCUAACCCAUCCUCCCACCCCCCUCCCCUCUAGAACCCUGUUUGUUUUUCAGAGUCCAUCGUCUCUCAUGGUUCGUCUACCCCUCCGAUUUCCCCCGCUUCAUUCUUCUUCUCCCGCUACCUUCUUCUUUUUUUUUUCUUAACAUAUAUUGCAUUAUUUGUUUCAGAGGUACAGAGCUGAGAUUCAACAGUCUUGCACAAUUCACAGCGCUUACCAGAGCACAUACCCUCCCCAGUGUCUAUCACCCAGUCACCCCAUCCCUCCCACCUCACCCCCCACUCCAGCAACCCUCAGUUUGUUUCCUGCAAUUAAGAAUUCCUAUCAGUGAGGUCAUAUGAUACAUGUCUUUCUCUGUUUGACUUAUUUCACUCCACAUAAUACCCUCCAGUUCCAUCCACGUCGUUGCAAAUGGCAAGAUCUCAUUCCUUUUGAUAGCUGCAUAAUAUUCCAUUGUAUAUAUAAACCACAUCUUUAUCCAUUCAUCUGUCGAUGGACAUCUUGGCUCUCCCAUAUGGUAGUUUUUUGAAGAACUUCCACACUGUUUUCUGUAGUGGCCACAACAUUUUAUAGUUCAACCAACAGUGCACAAGUGCUCCAAUUUCUCUACAUCCUUACCAACACUUGUUAUUUUCUGCUUUUUUGAUAGCAGCCAUCCUAGUGGGUGUGAGGUGCUAUCUUCUUGUGGGUUUGAUUUGCAUUUCUCUGAUGAUAAGUUUCGAUGUUGAACAUCUUUUCAUAUGCUUUUUGACCAUUUGUAUAUCAUCUUUGGAGAAAUGUCUUCAAGUUCCUUGCCCAUUUUUAAAUUGGGGAUUUUAAUUUUUUGUUGUUGGGUUAUAGGGAUUCUGUAUCUAUUCUGAAUAUUAACCCCUUAUCAGAGACAGGAUUGCAAUUUUUUUUUCCUAUUUCAUAGGUUGCCUUUAAAAUGUUUAAGUUUGACGUCCCAUUUCUGUAUUUUUGCUUUGUGCUUUUAGUGUCAUAUGCAAGAAAUCAUUGUCAAAUCCAAUGUCAUCAAGCUUUUCCCCUAUAUUUUCUUCUAUGAGUUUUAUGGGUUUGGUGUUAUGUCGGGCGGCAGGCUGUGGAUCCUGGUAACUCUCUAUCAGCGCCCUCUUGCCAGACGGGAUCUCCUCCUCUAGUAACAUCUGCAGCUCUGCCAUUUUCCACCCCUCUGCAUCGCUUCCUCUCGCGUUAAAGGGACAGAGGCAGCAAGGUCCGCCGAGGAGCCGAGCACCUCACAGCCCCGAUACAAACCGCCGACCGCCCUCCCGCCUGGUAUUGUGGGACGGCACCUCCUCCUCUUCCGCCUCACUCUCUCCACCCCGCUCCGCUCACUUCGCGCAGCCGCCUCAAUCCCGUUCUCUCGCGAGCCCUCACGUUUUCCCUCCUCCUCCCCGCCACCACGGGAUUUUUUUCUUUGCAUGGUCUUCUGGGAAUUGUAGUCUCUCGCGGUCUACGCGGCCCAUCGAAAGCGCAUGCGUUUAGGGGAGCCUCCGAAAAAGAACGGGGAGGAGCGUAAAGGACAGCCCAGGGAGGAAGUUUAAGUGCGAAGUUUCCCGACAUCUCCGGCAGGUGGCGCCACAGGGUGACUCUAGAGAAUAAAAUCCUUUCCCCGAGAAGGCUGUGAAAAUUGGCAGAAUUUGCUUGAUUAGGAAGUGUCAGUGAAUAAGAGAUACCAAUUCUGAUACGGGAUUAAGAAGGGCUAGAAUAUGAAGAAAUCCAAAUCUUUACUUCCUCUUCUCAGACAUAACGCGACUCAGGCUUUACUUUCUAAACUUCCUGCACCCUCAAUUUUUCAUUUAAAAUUUAGCAAACAUUUAUCAUUGACAGCUCUGUACCAAGCAAUGUACUACACACUGGGGGUAUGGGUUGAACAAGGAUGCUCUGUACCUGUAGAGACUCACAAUUUAAAAAUAAAUACACAUAAUUUCAGUGUUA